AAUUGCUAUUUUAAACCGCCCAUUGGUGGCUUGUAGAUUGUCUUCUUCUGAUCAUGUAGACGAAGAAAAAGGUGAAAAAGCAAGUGUUCAAGCGGAGCUUUGUACAUGGUGGUAACCAUGCAAUAUCCGCUGCUGCUGCUGCUGCUGGUUACCAUAAUUCUUUGGUUGCCUCCUACUUCAAGCCUUGAUGCUACCAACAGUUCAACCAAAAAAAGGCGAGAGGUAAUUUCAGGACGCCAUGCUGCUGUUGCCACGGAUGAUGGACGAUGUUCCAGAAUUGGGAUGCAUGUUCUUCGCGAAGGAGGUCAUGCCGUUGAUGCAUCAGUGGCUGCUGCUCUUUGCUUAGGGGUUGUGAGUCCAGCAUCAAGUGGCAUAGGGGGAGGAGCCUUCAUGCUUAUCAGGCUAGCCAGGGGGGAGGCACAAGCCUUUGAUAUGAGAGAAACUGCUCCCUUGCUAGCUUCUGAGAACAUGUAUUCUUCCAACACUACGCUGAAAGGUAAAGGGGCUCUCUCCAUAGCAAUUCCAGGGGAACUUGCAGGCCUUCAUAAAGCUUGGAAACAAUAUGGAAGGCUUCCAUGGAAAAGGCUUGUAAGUCCAGCUGAGCGUCUCGCUCGUUUGGGAUUUAAGAUUUCACCAUACCUCAACAUGCAGAUGCAUAGAACAGAAUCAGGAAUCUUGGCAGAUGAAGGACUUCGUCAUGUAUUUACAUUAAACGGGAGUCUCUUGAAGACAGGUGAGACAUGUCGUAACUGGAAACUGGCACAGACACUCAGAGACAUCUCGAAUUUCGGUCCCAGAGCCUUCUAUAAUGGAUCUAUCGGAUCCAAAUUGGUUAGAGAUAUUCACAAGGUCGGAGGAACACUGACAAUGAAGGAUUUGCAAAAUUAUAGAGUUAAACUGAGAAAGCCUAUAUCUACUGACACUCAUGGGUUUAAAAUACUGGCUAUGCCUCCUCCUUCCGGAGGUCCUCCAAUGAUACUUAUGCUAAACAUUCUUUCUCAAUAUGGAAAUGUUUCUGGAGUUUCUGAUCCUCUUUGGGUCCAUCGAGAAAUCGAGUCCUUGAAACAUGUAUUCGCAGUGAGGAUGAAUCUUGGUGAUCCUGAGUUUGUUAAUGUGACUAAUGUUCUAGCUGAUAUGCUUUCUCCUAAGUUUGCUGAGGAGUUAAAGAAGACCAUAUAUGACAACCGGACUUUUGACCCAAGCCAUUAUGGAGGCAGGUGGAACCAGAUCCAUGAUCAUGGAACCAGUCAUUUGUCCAUCAUAGAUAACGAGCAAAAUGCCGUCUCCAUGACUACUACUGUGAAUGGAUAUUUCGGUGCACAAAUACUGUCGUCAAGUACAGGAAUAAUUUUAAACAAUGAAAUGGAUGACUUCUCUAUACCUGGAAAUGAUUCUACAGUUCCACCUCCAGCACCGCCCAAUUUCAUCAGGCCAGGAAAGAGGCCAUUAUCAUCCAUGACACCUACUAUAGUCCUGAAGGAUGAGCAACUGAAAGCAGUAGUAGGCGCAAGUGGGGGGGGCAUGAUCAUUGCUGCAACUGCACAGGUUCUUUUGAAUCAUUUUGCAAGGGGAUUGGAUCCACUCUCUUCGGUCAUGGCUCCGAGGGUCUAUCAUCAGCUAUUACCUAAUGUGGUUCAGUAUGAAAAUUGGACAACCGUGACUGGCGAUCACUUUGAAGUUCCUUCUCAAAUCAGGAAAGCCCUACACAAGAAGGGUCAUGUCCUAGAUCCCCUUUCUGGUGGAUCUAUUUGCCAGUUUAUAGUUCAACAAAUAGAGGCUUUGAAGAACAAUGGAGGCACUAGGGAGAUCGUGGCAGUUAGUGAUCCAAGAAAAGGCGGUUUUCCUGCCGGUUUCUGAAAUUGGGGGAUGGUGCUAUGCUAGUCACUACGGAAUUGAAGCUAGUUAUUGCCUUUGUUCCCAUGCUAGUUUUCUCCCCCUUUUCCACAGUAACGAAUUCAAAAUUUCUAUUAUAUAACAAGAUUGACAAUAUGUUUAGUGCAGUUCAUUUUGUUUUAUCUUUUGCUCCACAAAGAAAAAAGCACAAUGGUUAUGAUAUUGCUAAAGAAUUUGAGAAAAUAAUACUCAAAUGUUAGUUCUUCUCAACUCAAAGAAGGUGCAUAGUCCACAAAUAGUCUCAAGAAGACUUUCAACUCAAACUUGAGGAAAUGAGUGAUAUUAGCACUUGAAUGAGAGAUUAGUUUAUACAAGCCAAGAGAUUAGCAAAUGCUGAAGAGAUACAGAAAGUAAGUAUAGGAGGAGUGAAGAGAUAAAGUACCACAACAUGGUUGAACAGCAGCAAGAUGCUCUGUGUUCGGGUUUGAGGUGAACUCACAUGAUUCUGUUGUGGAGUGGAUUUUCUGCAUGGUUUGCUUUGCAUUCAAUCGUAAACUUUCAUUAACUGGACCGGGUUAGCUUAUUUGUAAGGCACCGGAAUCUGAAACUAGCCCUUAGUCUCGGAGAGAUGAAGGCUAGAAUGUAGGGGAAGACUCCUCAAUGCCCAAAAGAUGAUGGAGAGGGCCAAGACCCUCUGUCUAAAAUUCUUGCCAAGCUUGGAGAAAUACGGGAGAGAGCAAAGAUAAUGGAAAGGGUUUGCUUCCUUUUUCUGCGGCUAACGAUACAGAUUGCCCUGUGUUAUCAAAUUUGUUGGACCUAAGUGGAAGUCUCAAGGCUUGUAUAAAAGCUACACUGACUGAACUAUGUGUGAAGAAUUGAAAAAUGCAGCAGUCUUGAUAACAUUUUGGUGUUGGAACAAAAAGCUUCUAACUCUUGAUUUAGCCGUUUUUAGUGAUUCUGCACUGAUAGAAUUAGGUUAUCUUCCUAAUCUGUAUUGGAAAGUACCAAAUAAUUAGUCAUGGAUGAAAAUUUGAGCUUCAAAAUAGACCUUAAAGUCACUUAUGCCAAAAGAAGAGAGAGCUACAACAAGUGUUGAAGAAAUAGUCCCACAUCGGCAUGCCGAGUUUAGACAGAACGCUUUAUAACCGCAGGAAGGCGAAGGAACAUUGCCGAGCUAAGUAACGAGAGCUUGCAACUCGAGUGAGGGCAUUGAGGUGAUGGAACUUUGGCCCAGAAUUAACGGGUCGGGUCUGGUGUGGCUCUUUACUAGCCUGCCCAUUCCAAGCAAAGAGUUGUUCCAUGUGAUCUGAGCGAAAGCUCUGGGCCACGUGGCUCCUAAAGGGGAGGGCACCGCGUGAGGCUGGGUUCACAGAGCAACGCCUACCUCCCGCUCUUUGCAGUGGAAGGAUAACGGGUUGGUGCCACCUUGAUCCACCGUGGCCCGGUAGACUGGUCCAAAUGAACCUAAUCCUUU